AAUCUCUACCUUUCUCUCUCGCACCCAACUUGGACACAGGCUCAAGCCUUCAUUCCCCUUCCAGGUAUAUAUAUAUUCUAAGGUUGUGUGUACUGUAUCAUAUACAGUGUUUGCGUAGUCGCGUAGCGACCCUCAGCGUUCCCUCGUGUUUUUCUAGAUUAACACAACAUGGACGACGAGGAUGAAACCUAUAAAUUGUGGCGCAUCAGGAAAACCGUGAUGCAAUUAUGCCACGACAGAGGUUACCUCGUUACUCAGGACGAGCUGGAUCAGACGCUGGAGCUGUUCAAGGAACAGUUCGGAGACAAGCCCAGCGAGAAAAGGCCGGCCCGGAGCGAUCUAAUUGUCCUCGUGGCGCACAACGACGAUCCUACGGAUCAGCUGUUUGUCUUCUUCCCCGACGAACCGAAGAUCGGCAUCAAAACCAUCAAGACGUAUUGCCAGCGCAUGCAGGAGGAGAAGAUUCACAGAGCAAUCAUUGUAGUCCAGCAAGGCAUGACACCGUCGGCUAAGCAAUCACUGACAGACAUGGCGCCGAAGUACAUACUGGAACAGUUUCUGGAAUCAGAGUUGCUGAUAAACAUUACCGAGCAUGAAUUGGUACCCGAGCACAUUGUCCUAACUCCGGAUGAGAAAGAGGAGCUGUUGACAAGAUACAAACUGAAGGAGAACCAACUGAUGCGGAUACAGGCCGGCGAUCCGGUGGCGCGAUACUUCGGGUUGAAGCGUGGACAGGUCGUUAAGAUAAUUAGACCGUCGGAGACCGCUGGGAGAUACAUAUCCUACAGACUGGUUUGUUGAGGGAAAAGAGAAUAGGGAAAUCGAGGAUAAAUCGAGCAAAAGUAUCUCGCGGACUAAAAGAGAUGUUAUUAAAUUUACUUAGAGCGUGAAAAGAAACACCGCAGAUCCGAAAUUCGCCAUUUAUUGUAGCAGCAUUUUAUAAUGGUUAUACCAUUGCUUCAAUAAGAACUGCACAUUGUACAUUGUUACGCUACGUAAGAAACCACCUGUCCGUGUGUUGAACAUCGUCAGCAGCAGUGAAUAAUUACAGUUCAUUCUUAUGCGAA